AGCAGCCUGCUCAACACCGGAAUACAACGACGGGAAUGCAAGUAUUACCAAGUGACAUAUGGUCUACGGUCAAGGGGGCGCCAGGGGAGAUGUGGAGGAGAUACAACAAGCUGCCUUUUGCGGGAAAGGCAUUCGUCUGGUUUCUUAUCAUAUUGCAUGUUGCCCUCAUUGUGCUCUUCGUGUCAGUCCACCCGGACAAGAUAUUCCAGUUCCUAUAUAAUCAAGGACGCAACCUGCGCGAGAGCAAGUACGGCAUUCUCGUCGUGACCGCUCUCAUAAUUGUCACCUCCAUUCCCCCACUCAUUGGCUUCUCGACGAUCCUAACCGUUGUAGGAUUCGCAUGGGGCGUGCGAGGCUGGUUCCUCGCGGCACCUCUAGCGAUCCUCGCCUCUACUUUCUCCUUCCUCCUCCUCCGCCUCCUCUUCCAGAAUCGCAUGAAAUCCUUCACAACCUCCUCCACAAAAUGGCAAGCCAUGGAAGCAGUAGUACGGCACCACGGCCUGUGGCUGAUCGUCCUCUGCCGGAUCUGCCCCAUGCCGUGGGCAUACUCCAACGCAUUCUUCGCUUCGAUCGAGACGAUCCGCCUGUGGCAGUUCAUCUUCGCAACAGUGUGCCUCACCCCCCGCCUCCUGCUGCACGUCUUCAUCGCCAGCCGUAUCGCUCUCUUCUCCGAUGGCGAGACCCGGGGCCAAAUGGACACGACGACCAAGAUCGUCAAUGCACUCAGCAUGGUCCUCGGCAUGGUCCUCGGAGCCGGGACAGGGAUCAUAAUAUACCGGCUGACACUGCGCAAGAUUCGUGAGCUGGAAGGCACAGAUCCGGAGACGGACGAGUUAGCAGCAGAAGCACUGGAGGACGCAGAGCGGAGGGCACUGUUGGGGGCUGAGGAGAGUCGGGAGCUGGAGGACUAGCCUGUGUAUAUUUAAGUGGAC